AUGGAAUACGGGAAAGACAGAGUGGUGGCGUUGGUGGACAUGGACUGUUUUUAUGUGCAGGUGGAGCAGAGGCUGAAUCCUGCUCUGAAGAAAACGCCGUGUGUGGUGGCCCAGUACAAGACCUGGAAAGGAGGCGGAAUUAUAGCUGUUAGCUACGAGGCCAGGGCACAUGGCGUCACCAAGAAUAUGUGGGUGGACGAUGCCAAGAAGCUGUGCCCGGAUCUGCAGGUGGCACGGGUCCGCGAAUCUCACGGCAAGGCGGACCUGAGUCCUUACAGAGAGGCCAGCGUGGAAGUGAUAGAAGUUAUGUCUCGCUUUGCCGUGGUCGAGAGAGCCAGCAUCGAUGAGGCCUACAUGGACUUGACCGAGGUCGUCCAACAGCGACUGAAGCACAUGGAGGACAUAGCAAUACAACCUCACCUGCUGAGGACCACUUGCAUCCAAGGUUACCCACACAGUUUGUCGGAAGGAGAGGAAGAAGCUGCUGAUGGUGCCAUUUUAGAUAAAGAAAAGCAGAGGUCCGCAGGUGUUCAGCAGUGGCUGGCGUCCGUACCAAUGCACAACUCUGCUGAGCUUCAGCUCACCGUGGGGGCCCUCAUUGUGGAGGAAAUGAGGGCGGCUGUGGAGCAACACACAAGCUUUCAGUGUUCAGCUGGGAUAUCACAUAACAAAGUGCUGGCCAAACUGGCAUGCGGUCUGAACAAACCAAAUCGACAAACCGUCUUGCCACUGGAGUCUGUGACUGAACUUUUCAACACGCUACCCAUUAGCAAGAUACGCAACCUUGGAGGUAAACUUGGCGUCUCAGUUGGAGAAGUUCUUCAAGUGGAGUACAUAGGGGAGUUGACUCGCUUUUCUCAGGCUCAACUGUGGCAGCACUUUGGCGAGAAGACCGGUCAGUGGCUAUAUGAUUUGUGCCGGGGCAUCGACUUUGAAACGGUGAAACCCAGACAGCUGCCGAAGUCAAUUGGUUGCAGUAAGAACUUCCCUGGGAAAACAUCACUGGCUACAAAAGAGCAGGUCCAGUAUUGGCUUCAUCAGUUGGCUUUGGAACUGGAGGAGAGGUUGUCCAAGGACAGAGAAGUGAACUGUCGUGUGGCAAAGCAGUUAACGGUUGGGGUCCGCCAGCUGGGUGACAAGCGGCCGAGCAGUUUCUCCCGCUGUUGCGCUUUAGUGCGCUACGAUGCCGCCAAGUUGUCCAGUGACAGUUUUGCCAUCAUCAAGAGUCUAAACACAGCGGGAAACCAGCAGGCAGCGUGGACUCCACCUCUCACACUGCUUCACCUCUCUGCCAGCAAAUUCUCAGACGCCCCUUCAGCAUCAGCAGGGAGCAUCACGGGCUUCCUAAGCGCUGACGUGCCAUCCACUCAAAGAUUCCUCACUGUCAGCAACAACUCACGCAAAAGCUACCCCACCAUUCAGUCCUUCUUUAAGAGGCACCAAACACAAGCACAAUCAACCCGGUCAAGCGCCGCAUCUUCUUCGAGUCCUCCCAAAGGUGCUUCAGUAGGCCCUGGCACUGACAUCGCAUCGUUCUUCCUCAGGAGUAACAUCAAAGCAGGUCUAAAGCAGGACUGCGAUGAUGAAGUGCAAGAUAAUAGUGCACCCAUCCUCUUGCCCACCUUUAGCGCGGACGCCGCAGAAGACUUGAUCAAGUGUCAACGCUGCGGCAAAGAUGUGCCAGCAUGGGAGACCCCCGAGCACGACGACUAUCACUUCGCUUUGGACCUGCACAAAUCUUUCUCGCCUUCUUCCUCCGUAGUUAGAUCGGGACCCUCUGCAGUGCCAGCGGUGUCCUCUCCUCCUCCCAAAAGAAAUAGCCCGCUGUCAGGAGGGCCCCCUCCGAAAAGAUAUCGCUCACAAGGUGGAGGGACAGGACGAGAUGUGGGCACUCUGGAUUCUUUUUUCCAAAGAUUCUGA